AUGGCUAGCAAUGAUGAUCCUAUCUUCAAUGAGGUCACUACAGCAUGUGAAUACAAAAGGAUCAAAAGAAUCCUGGGGUUGAAGUAUGAUUGGAGUGUUGAGGUUAUAGCUCAGUUCUAUGCCACACUCAAAUUUGACCAUGAGGAGAACCAAACGAUGCAAUGGAUGAUAGAAGGAGAGAUAUCAAAUCAAAUAAAGGAAUAUAAAGACAAGACAAAUAUGAGGUUGAGAAUGUUUGAGGAGAGGCAAAAGGCUAUCUAUGCUAAUUUGAGAAUUGAGCCUCCUUGCUCUCCAGUUGCCUCAGAAGAAGAUGUGAGUGAGCCAGAAGUUUUUGAAAAUCCUUGGAGUUGGUAUGAUGAAGCUCAAGCUACUGCUGGGGGCACCGGAACAUCUCAUGCUCAAGAAAUAGAAGAAGAAUCCGAAGAAGAGGAAGAAGACUGUGGUGGUGCCGAGGAAAGUACUCAAGAUGAUGAUGAUGCUAGUGGACGUGGGGAUGAAGACGAAAAUGAGGAGUAUGAGGGAAGCAACUAG